CAUUGGUUGUUGUCGUAGGUCGAACCUUUUACUCCUCCUCCACCUUCUCCUCAUUUUUGGGUCCCAAACCUCAUCGAGAUUUGGAAUACAGUAUUACGUUACAAAUCCUGCUGGAAAAUGGCGACUGCAAUUCAGAAUCCCUUAAAAUCCAUGGGUGAUCAGUUCUACAAGGACGCCAUCGAGCACUGCCGCAGCUACAACGCCCGCCUGCGUGCCGAGCGCAGUGUGCGGAUGCCCUUUCUGGACUCGCAAACUGGCGUCGCUCAGAACAAUUGCUACAUCUGGAUGGAGAAGUGCCAGAGGCAACCAGGCAGAGCAUCAGGACAGAUGUACGCUUACCCGGCACGUUGCUGGCGAAAGAAGAGGCGACUUCACCCACCUCUGGAUCCUCAGCUACGCUUGUGUGAGCUUCGACUUGAGGCUGAGCUGGCCCCCAAACGCGAGGGGCCGCUGGGUGAGGCCACAGCUCUAGAGGCCCUGCUUAGGAGUGACAACCUGCUGGAGAAGAAAAGCAAUGCCUGCAAGGAGGAGGAGACCUUGCUGGAAAUACAGAGAGUGCUGGAGGCGGAGGAAAACGGAGAUGGCUUUCAAGAUGACGAAGAUUUUGAAGUGGAUACACCGAAAAGGAAGAACAGAAACCGAGGCAAAAACAGAAGCUCUAGUCGCAAGAAGACUGAAGCGGUCAGCGCAGAUGACCAAGACAAACCUUACGUUUGUGACAAUAGACACAAACAAAAGCAUAACUCAAAAAAGGCUGAAGCAGUCUGCGGAAAACGCUACAAGAACCGUCCUGGCCUGAGUUAUCACUACACGCACACUCACCUGGCUGAGGAGGAAGGAUGCGACGAGGAGAAGGAGAGCGAGCCAGCCCUGUCCCCCCCGCGACAUCCUGACAACCACAAACCUCAAAAGGGUCCUGACGGCAUCAUCAUCCCCAACGACUACUGCGACUUCUGCCUAGGAGACCAGGACUCUAACAGAAAGACUGGGCAGGCUGAGGAGCUUGUGUCUUGCUCUGACUGUGGACGCUCUGGCCACCCAACGUGUUUGCAGUUCACUGACAACAUGAUGCACGCAGUGAGAACGUACCAGUGGCAGUGUAUCGAGUGCAAGUCCUGUAGCCUCUGCGGUACCUCUGAAAACGACGACCAACUGCUGUUCUGCGACGACUGCGACCGAGGCUACCACAUGUAUUGCCUCAAACCGCCCAUGACUCAGCCUCCAGAAGGGAGCUGGAGUUGUCACGUGUGUGUGGACCUGUUAAAAGACAAGGCCUCAUCUUUUGGUGAAGCAUAACAGCCGCCACACUAUCAGCGGAUGGCCACUUCUUUCUGUACACAUUUUGAAUGGAAUCCAAUACAAAAAUAUAAAAUGCUUCUUUUUAAUGAUGCUCAUCCAACCUUUAUGCUGUGGCAUAAAACGUGAGCGGGAUUUUGUUUUGUGGAAAAAGUAUAAAAUAUCUAGAAAUUGGUUGUGAAAGAGCUUUUUAACCUGUUUGUAAUUGACAGUUUUCAUUUGUUCAAAACACUAGAAAUUGAGGAUUUUCUUCUCACAGAACAAUAUUCAUAAACACAUGGACUUACGUUAAAAGCCCUGUAAAGAAAAAAAUAAAUGUCUUGAAAAUUUCAAACAACAGAAGGAAGAGUCUUGUUAAUAAACUGCUGAUCUACUGGGAUUUUCACGCACAACCAUCUCUAGGGUUUACAGAGAAUGGUCCGAAAAAGAAAAACUACCCAGUGAGCGGCAGUUCUGUGGGCAGAAAUGCCUUGUUGUUGCCAGAGGUCAGAGGAGAAUGGCCAGACUGGUUCGAGCUGAUAGAAAGGCAACCGUGACUCAAAUAACCACCCGUUACAACCAAGGUAGGCAGAAGAGCAUCUCUCAAUGCACAGUACGUCGAACUUUGAGGUAGAUAGGCUACAGCAGCAGAAAACCACGCCGGGUGCCACUCCUUUCAGCUAAGAACAGGAAACUGAGGCUACAAUUUGCACAAGCUCAUCGAAAUUGGAAAAUAGAAGAUUGGAAAAACGUUGCCUGGUCUGAUGAGUCUCGAUUUCCGCUGCGACAUUCGGAUGGUAGGGUCAGAAUUUCGCGUCAACAACAUGAAAGUAUGGAUUCAUCCUGCCUUGUAUCAACGGUUCAGGCUGGUGGUGGUGGUGUAAUGGUGUGGGGAAUAUUUUCUUGGCACUCUUUGGGCCCCUUGGUACCAAUUGAGCAUCGUUGGAACGCCACAGCCUACCUGAGUAUUGUUGCUAACCAUGUCCAUCCCUUUAUGACCACAAUGUACCCAACUUCAAAUGGCUACUUUCAGCAGGAUAAUGCGCCAUGUCAUAAAGCUGGAAUCUCAUCUCAGACUGGUUUCUUGAACAUGACAAUGAGUUCACUGUACUCAAAUGACCUCCACAGUCACCAGAUCUCAAUCCAAUAGAGCAUCUUUAGGAUGUGGUAGAACGGGAGAUUCACAUCAUGGAUGUGCAGCUGACAAAUCUGCACCAACUGUGUGAUACCAUCAUGUCAAUAUGGACCAAACUCUCUGAGGAAUGCUUCCAGCACCUUGUUGAAUCUAUGCCACGAAGAAUUGAGGCAGUUCUGAAGGCAAAAGGGGGUCCAACCCGUUACUAACAUGGUGUACCUAAUAAAGUGGCCGGUAAGUGAAUACUGUAGUACAGCUAAGUUAAAACAUUUAUUCUAAGCAGUGCUUAAUUUGUAAAUCAUAAGGUGCCGGAACGCAAAGUACAUAGGACAGCGCAGGGAUGACUAGACACGCACAGGUCCCGGAACACAGGCAAAAACUGCUGUCAAAAACAACACGCAAAUGCCCACUUGCCAUACUGUGGGACUUACAAGCCUUAAUUUCAGAUAAUAUCCAUGGUUCACCUGGCUGACUGCUGGCGCUGUAGCUGGUCCCGAAUCCGGGUGGCGCUGAACCUGACCAGCUGCUGCCAUGGUAGUAGCCUUCUGCUUGGCUGGCUCCCCGUGAACCUGGCUACCUGCUGCGGCACUAGCCUCCUGCUGCACCUGCUUCUCACUGUUAGCAUGUUUGCUGCAGCUUCCCUGUUCGCCGGCUGUGGCUUUUUUGACUCGUUUUGAAUCUUCCUUUUUUGAAAGAAAAACUGUAAAUUCAAUUGCCUUU